AUGUUGUCUGCUAACCUCAACGCCGCAGAAUCCCUGGAGCAAGUCAACAGCGAAGGAGCACCACAGAAGGAUGUAAGCCCGCCAGUCGAUCAACACACUGCCACCUUCGAGCCUAGAGACGUGGCGCUCGGAUCUACCACCGUUGAAGUGCAGCAGGAUGUUUCGUCUGAAACCCGAAUCUACACAGUCUGGGCAAGCGAUGUCCACAAUGAAGCCCAGGUCAACGAAACGCGCACUUGGCUCAAGGGCCUUGUCAAAGACAAAGACAAGAUGCGUGAUGAGCUAGGAUGGAACUGGGACACUGUCGAAGACCUUCCUGCAGAUGAGUUUGACAAGCUGUACGACGAAGGUAGGCUUGACGAGGAGCUCGAUAAUUUCGAAGUGGUCCGCGCAUGGUCAGGUGUGAUUUUGGACCAGGCUGGAUACGAGAAGGUCGCAGCCAAAACGGAAUGGAUAGAGGCAAUUAGAGCUAACCUACACACUUCGGACAUGAACGCACGUGCACUCCCGACAAAGACAUAUACCGUCUACGCAGCCGACAUCAGGAACGAGGCCCAAGUCAACGAAACUCGGGUUUGGCUUGAAGGUUUGACCAAGGACAAGUCUAAGAUGCGCGAGGAGAAGAGGUUUCCCUGGGAUGAGCCCGAAGACAUACCAGAAGACGAACUCGACAGAUUGUACGACGAGGGCAGGCUCGACGCUGAGCUUGACAAUUACGAAGUAGUUCACGCGUGGGGAGGCGUUAUACUAGACCAGUCAGGGUACGAUGAGGUGGUGGCCAAGAAGGAAUGGGUGGAGCAUGUCGAGGAUCCGAGUCAAUACCACGAAGUGAAGAUGAUUGCUGUCCCCAGAAUGAGUAUCAAGACCACGGGAACUCUGGAAGCUCGGAAAUUCGAAUGGGGAGAUUGGCAGAAGCAGGAGGGUGCAGCGCGGGACUUGGUCCAAGCCAGCUGUUACGACAAGGACUACGUUUACGAGAAGAGAGCUGGAGAGGGAGUACAUGUGUAUGUUUUGGAUGAUGGAGAAAACGGCGAAAAAGUGUUUCCAGGUUUCGACAACGAGCAGGACAAUAGCGGUAUCGUAGAAACAAGAGCUUUCACCAACCAAAAUGCUGCGCACAACAUUCGAUACGACCAUUCCCCCAAAGGCCACGGAACGAAAGUAGCGUCCAAAAUCGUUGGGCAGUGGGGAACCGCAAAGGGAGCGACACUGGUGCCGGUGCAGGUCAAACCGGGCGGAGACGAUAUUGACAACGGGUUCGAAAGGAUUUUUGCAGAUGUUGUCGUUAUGAGCAGCGGCACGGAACGCGGUGUCGCAGACAAUGGUCACAAGGGCUACACACGAGAAGAAGCAGAGAACGAUUACAGAGCAAAGCGACAGAUACUCUGGAUAAAGCAAUUAUUCAGUUACGGGGUCCCCGUGGUGCUCGCUUCUGGUAAUGAAGCCGAAACUGAAGGCCGAAAAGUCAUCGACCAAUUCCCCCAGGUCUUGGAGACAGAUGACUUUCCCAUUAUCAACGUCGGGGCUGCCACGCUUGCAGGCAAAGCUGCACCUUUCUCGCAAGGCCUGGGUACCCAGCAAGAUCCAGAGAAGCGCACGCAGUUGACCAUCUACGGUGUUGGAGUGGAUGUCGACGUCCACGAUCAAUAUGACGGUGCAGCAACGCAGGACUCGGGUACGUCGUUCGCUGCACCGGCGGUGGCAGGCAUUAUUGCUACACACAUGAACUACGAAUCGUGGGACCAGAGCAAGCAAGGGCCCGACCGAGUGAAAGAAAUCAAGAGAUGGAUAACCACGCCUGAGUCGAGCUGGGAGCGUGCCAAAGAUCCCGACAAGCAAGUCAACAUGAUCUGGAACGGCGCCGACAAAGCAGCCCACGACAGCGUCUCCAACAACCAAUCGCCCAGCCCACCCUCUCAAGCACCAAAGCGCACCUUCACCGUCGGCCUCGAACAAACCACGACCCCAGAAUGCUCCAGCGUCAUCUCUAACCCCGACUUCCCCCCACAUGACAGCUGCAAAUUCAAAUACCAGAACCGAUACUUCUUCUACCGUCGCGACGACGACAACCAAGAACCCAACAGCCUGUGCACUUCUCUACUCAACGACUUUCACCAAGACGACCAAGGCGCGACGACUGAUGAGAAUCUAUUCGAGCAUCCGACGUGGCCAGCGGGAGAGUGGACGCUGGAUCUCUUCGGAGAGGAAUAUGUCUAUAGGAAUGAUGGGCAGAGUCCGGGAGCGCUGUUCAUGGGCGAGCAGCAGAUUAGUUGCGCCGGUGACCUGGAAAACCAUGAUCCUUUGUCGGAUGAGCUGUGUGAGAACAGUCUGACUAAGGAAUCAGGCCGUGAGAGGAAAAGGAGACGGCUGGUUGGUUGCACGUGGUGA